AUGCAGGGUUUCAAUAUGGGACGCUAUGUCCCCCCGGACCAAGAAGGAGUCACCUCCGCCAACAAACUAGCCGGCAAACACCCCCUCGGUGCUCGUGCACGCCACCUCCACACGACCGGUGCCCUGGUCGUCCGAUUUGAGAUGCCAUUCGCAGUAUGGUGCACAACAUGCAAACCCCACGAGACCUUGAUUGGGCAAGGUGUGCGAUUCAACGCCGAGAAAAAGAAAGUCGGGAAGUACUACUCGACCCCGAUAUACAGCUUCCGCAUGAAGCAUACGGCAUGUGGUGGCUGGAUUGAAAUCCAAACGGAUCCGAAAAAUACAGCUUAUGUUGUUGUAGAAGGUGGGAGGAAAAAGGACACGGGCGAUGACAAGGAGUUGCAGCCCGGGGAGAUCGCGAUUCGUCCUCCCGGGCUUGGGAUUCAAGAUCCUGCGGAGAAAGACCCAUUCGCGAAGCUUGAAGGGAAGGUUGAAGACAAACGGCGCGCACAGACUGAGGCAAGUCGCAUUCUCGAGUUACAAGAACGCCAAAGUCGAGACUGGGAUGAUCCUUACGAGAAAUCGAAACGGUUACGGCGGACAUUUCGCUCUGAACGAAAGGGACUGGAAAGGUUGGCAGCCAAUCGCGAAGCCCUUCAAGACAAAAUGAGCCUUGCUAUCGACCUUGUUGACGAAACAGAGGAAGAUCGCCAGCGUGCCGCGAUUGUGGAUUUUGGUGAAGAUCAAAGCAUAGUCGGAACGGAAGCUGCACGGGUAACCCGAGUGCGACCCAUGUUCCAACGACUAAGCCACAGCCCUACCAUCAAGAGUCGGAAGCAGGAUAAGGACGAAGAGAAGCGUAGCUUGCGGGUCACCAGAAAGACGGGCUCCAUUGCGCAACAUAGAGAGUCUCUACGCCAUGAAUUGACGGGGAACACCCGCGCCGCGGUUGAUCCAUUCUUGAAUGAUAUUGGGAGUGACCAAGAUGCCUGGCGGCCGGGCCUGAAACGAAAAAAGGCUUCUUCGGCAGGGAUCCUCUCUCGCCAAGGCGUUGAAUCUAAAUCAGGGUUUACUGAUCCCGCUGGUUCGGUAAUCACGCGAAGUCCACCAAGCGAGGGGCUUGAUGAUCAUAUUCAAAAAUCACGGCCUACGCUGGGACCUCCUCCGGCUCUGGUGGGCUACGACUCUGACACGGAAUAG